CCCGUCGUUCAUCAUCUCCCUUCGUAAUGAACGACGCCCAGCCACGAUACCGGAACAAUGCCUUGAAUGAGGAGAGGCCGGAAUCACUCCUUCGCCGUUCAUGGCAUGCAAUGACUGACAUCUUUACCCCUUUCUCAUCGUCUGCCCUUGGGACUCUACCCAACGUUGCUCGACCUCAACGAUAUCCCCGAGCCGAUGCAAUUCCAGACACUGAACAUGACGUGGACGGACAAAGACCUACGGUACGGGAUUACCAUUCCAUCUCCUCGGCCCCUCCGCAAGUCAGAGUACCAAAGAAGAUCGCUACUCCAGUGAAAGUCGAAGGCAAAGUCUGGUUUGCUAACGAAAGAACAUGGGUAGCUUGGUUGAACCUCUCCGUCUUACUCGGCACUCUCGCUCUGGCCCUCUUCAAUGCAUCCAAGGACAAUAUUGCACGCAACUUUGCGUACAUCUACGCCGUAAUUAGCGUUGGUGUGCUGAUUUAUGGAUAUAUCCUUUACCAGAAACGAAUCACUAUGAUUCAGCGACGGGAUCCGGGACAUUUCGACGAUAUUGUUGGACCUAUCGUGGUCGGUACACUGCUCUUUCUCGCGGUUUUGACCAACUUCAUCAUUCGAGUCCGUGAAUUACGCGAUAAAAAUGUUCCAAUUCCAGGAACGGACUUCGUGAUGAACAUUUUAAAGCCUUACGGAAAUUUGUUUUUUUCUUUUACUACCCUGCACAAGUAACAUGUUUCCCUUCGAAUAACCAAUUCAAUGUCGGACACUUUGCGACCUCUCGAUAAGCUGUCUGCGCUCUAUUCGCUUGCUCAUGCCGUUUGCGCAAUUGAUUAUGACUUCCUGCAUUACAGUAAUUAAUGGCGGAUAAUGCCUCAAUUCACC